AUGGUCCGUGCCCAGUGGAAGGUGAUUGUUUUAUUGAUCCUGUUGAUGGUCAUCCCUAGUGAUGGACUAUUCCACUCCAUAUACCGAAGUAUCCUUGUUACCCAGCCGUUCAAGGGGAAUGCAGGACAGCCUCUAUUUCUUAGUCCGUACAUCAGAACUGGGAAGAUCAAGGAGGGGCAAAGGAAGAGCAUGGUCAGUCCUUUCCCUGGAAUGUAUGACAAGAGUUAUGCUGGCUACAUUACGGUGAACCAGACUUACAACAGCAACCUCUUCUUCUGGUUCUUUCCGGCUCGGACACAGCCCGCAGAUGCCCCAGUAGUCCUCUGGCUUCAGGGCGGUCCUGGAGGUUCAUCCAUGUUUGGACUCUUUGUAGAACACGGGCCUUAUAUUAUCACAAGUAACAUGACCGUUCUCUCCAGAGACUUCCCUUGGACCUUUACCCUUUCCAUGCUUUACAUUGAUAAUCCGGUGGGUACAGGCUUCAGCUUCACUGAUCAUAUCCGGGGAUACGCCAUCGAUGAGGACGAUGUAGCCCAAGACUUGUACAGUGCACUGGUUCAGUUUUUCAAGUUGUUUCCUGAGUACGCAAAGAAUGACUUUUAUAUCACUGGCGAGCAUCCACUGUGUGUGGGAUCGAUUUGGGACUGCCAUCUCAACAUCUGUCCUUCUCAGUCUUAUGCAGGGAAAUAUGUUCCGGCCAUAGCAUACUAUAUCCACUCCCUCAACCCUGUGCGAAGGUUCAAGAUCCGCCUGAAAGGAAUUGCCCUUGGAGAUGCAUACACUGAUCCUGAAACGAUUAUAGGAGGGUACGCGACAUUCCUGUAUGAAGUUGGCUUGUUGGAUGAACAGCAGCGAAGGCACUUCUGGAAGCAGUGUCGCAAGUGCAUAAAAUACAUCAAAGAGCAGGAGUGGAUGAAGGCCUUUGAAGUCCUGGAUAAACUGCUAGAUGGAGAUUUAACAGCCGGUCCAUCUUUCUUCCAGAAUGUGACAGGAUGCACCAAUUACUACAACAUUUUACAGUGCACGGAACCCGAGGACCAAAGUUACUUUCCGAAAUUCUUGUCACUCCCACAAGUGAGACAAGCCAUCCAUGUGGGAAACCAGAACUUCAGUGAUGGUGCUGAGGUUGAGAAGCACCUACGAGAGGACACAGUGAAGUCAGUGAAACCCUGGCUAGAGGAGAUCAUGAAUUACUACAAGGUUCUCAUCUACAAUGGCCAGCUGGACAUCAUUGUGGCCGCUGCCCUGACAGAACGCUCCUUGAUGAGCAUGGACUGGAAGGGAUCAUACGCAUACAGAAGGGCACAUAAAAAGGUCUGGAAGAUCUUCGAAUCUGAUGAUGAAGUGGCAGGUUAUGUGCGGCGCGUGGGUAAAUUCCAUCAGGUAAUCGUCCGAGGUGGAGGACACAUUUUGCCCUAUGACCAGCCACUGAGGUCUUUCGAUAUGAUCAAUCGCUUCAUCUAUGACAGAGGAUGGGAACCUUAUAAAUCAUAAGCUACUUUCCUGAAACAGGAAUCUUAAUCACCAAAGAAUACUGUUUUAAAAGACUAAAGAUAUCAUGUAAAUUUAAAAAUGUUAUCUUUUUUAUAUUUUCAAGGCAUUUGUUAUCAAUAAAAGUUUCCCUGAAACACGUGA